UGCAGGGUGGUUGAGUGGGAAUAGCCUUUUCUAUGGAAGGACAUUGAUUUUUUCCCCAGAAAGCUCCUUAGGUUUUGCCUAAAGGGGAAAAGACUCUUCCACCUUGUGUGUUGGUGAGCUGUGGUAGGCUGAGAUUCAGGUUUUUAUCUGAAAGUCAAAGUAAUCUUUGCAAGAAUUGCUGUGAAAUUCCUAGCAGUGGGGGUGAAAAAGAAAGUAACAAAAAGCUAAUCCCUAAGCAGUUGAGAAAGGAAAAAACACAACAGAGCACAAAGGAGAAAGAGGAGGAAGUAAAUCUGAAGAACUGUGAGUUUUCUUCAAAGUUUUAAUUAUCAGGGUGAAUACCCAGUUGGGGCACCCCUGGCAGUGUGUGACUGGGGAGCAAAGCAGUUGUAUCAUUGUAGGUGCAAUUUGCAUUCCUUUAAAAUAGUGAUGGAAGGUGGAAAGACAUUCUGCACCAAGGAAGUAGCCUGGAGAUUUUCCUGAUCACCAAAAAGCCAAAGAGCACUAUGUUCUUCAGGUACUUACAGUGUGAUGGUUGUGAAGAGCCAUUAGUCGGCCCUACCUAAAAAUCACAAGCCUCUUAAUGCAUUGAAUGAGGUAUCUUUGAAGAAAGGAAAUUCUUCAGUGGAAAAGAAGAAAACAUUGACCGGAAGAGUCCAUUUGGGAAUAUUCAUCAGAAAACCAACAAGCUAACAAUAUGCAGUGUAAGAUCACAGUAGCCAAGGACUUUCUCCAGGCCAGAAACCUACUACUGGUUGUUUUAAUUCCACUUUUGCUGCUUCCAUUGCCAUUCUUGCACCCAACAAGUGAAGCCUCUUGUGCCUAUGUGCUGAUCGUCACAGCAAUAUAUUGGGUAUCUGAAGCAGUGCCCCUUGGAGCAGCAGCCCUUGUUCCUGCUUUCCUGUAUCCACUGUUUGGUGUCAUGAAGUCCAGUGAGGUAGCUGCUGAAUAUGUCAAGAACACCACCUUGCUUCUCAUUGGGGUUAUCUGUGUGGCAGCUUCUGUUGAAAAGUGGAAUUUGCACAAACGGAUUGCCUUGCGCAUGGUUAUGAUGGCUGGAGCAAAACCAGGCAUGCUGCUUCUUUGCUUUAUGUGUUGCACCACUAUCUUAUCUAUGUGGCUUUCCAACACAUCCACCACAGCUAUGGUGAUGCCCAUUGUAGAGGCAGUUCUUCAGGAACUUGUGAAGUCUGAGGAAGAUCAUGAAAUGAAUGGCACUGCAGGAAGCACCAUCCGGGAAGAGAAAGAGACAAUAAGUCUCCGUGACAAACAUGGUCAAGGCUCCCUGGAGCUCAUUUUCAUCAACGAGGAUGCUACAACUGCCAAUUUCAGCUCUCUGAUGCAGUCCAAGAACAUGAAUGGGGUACACAUGAUAGCCAAUACAAUUGGAACAAUGAAUUCCAGAACAAAUGGGCAACAUCUACCCCAGACUCAAAUCCUCGUUCUGCCACCUCAGCCUCAAAAUUUGGACCAAGAUAGCAAACAGCAAUAUCCAUCCAAGCAUGAUCAUAUGGUUUGCAAAUGCCUCUCACUGAGCAUUUCCUAUGCAGCAACUAUUGGUGGACUCACAACCAUCAUCGGUACUUCCACCAAUCUCAUCUUCCUAGAAUAUUUCAAUAACCAUUACCCAAAUUCUGAUGUGGUGAAUUUUGGAACCUGGUUCUUGUUCAGUUUGCCUAUCUCUCUCAUUAUGCUGGUGUUAACCUGGUUCUGGAUGCAUUGGCUUUUCCUUGGUUGCAAUUUCAAAGAAACCUGUUCAAUAAGCAAGAAAAAGAAGACCAAGAGGGAAGAAAUGUCUGAGAAGAGAAUCCAAGAAGAAUACGAGAAGCUGGGAAAUAUUAGCUAUCCUGAAAUGAUGACUGCAUUCUUCUUCAUCUUGAUGGCUUUGCUCUGGUUUACAAGAGAGCCUGGGUUUGUUCCAGGUUGGUCUUCCUUCUUUGAACAGAAAGGCUAUCGGACAGAUGCCACUGUCUCUGUUUUCCUCGGUUUCCUUCUCUUUUUGAUUCCAGCAAAGAAGCCAUGCUUCGGGAAAAAAGGGAAAGGUCAUGUUAAUAAGUCUACAGAUGUUAACUCAGGAGAGUCCAUAAUCACCUGGAAGGACUUUGAGAAAACAAUGCCAUGGGAGAUAGUAGUUCUGGUUGGAGGAGGUUAUGCUUUAGCAGCUGGAUGUAAGACCUCUGGACUUUCAACAUGGAUUGGGAGGCAAAUGUUGUCCCUGAGUAGCCUUCCAUCCUGGGCAGUCAGUCUGCUAGCCUGCCUCCUGGUGUCCAUAGUAACGGAGUUUGUUAGCAAUCCUGCAACCAUAACAAUCUUCCUCCCAAUUCUGUGUGGCAUGUCCGAAAGCCUUCAAAUCAACCCACUGUACACCCUGAUCCCUGUCACCAUGUGCAUCUCUUUUGCGGUAAUGCUACCAGUGGGCAACCCUCCAAAUGCCAUUGUCUUCACUUAUGGACACUGUCAAAUCAAAGAUAUGAUCAAAGCUGGCUUUGGCGUCAAUAUCAUUGGACUAGUGAUUGUUACAUUGGCCAUAAAUACUUGGGGAAUUAGACUCUUCCAACUGGACAUAUUUCCUGAUUGGGCCCAAACCAGUAAUAACAUUACUGUCCCAUCAUAAACAACAUUGGCAAAAUUUGUCAAAUCUCAGAAAGUGGACAAAUAUCAUUGUACAUAUAUAUUAAACAAGGAGACUCGACUAUAUAUUAUAUCAGGAACGGGAAUAAAAUAAGAGGUAACGUAAUUGAGGUUCUCCCAAAUAUUACAUCUACCAGCUAGCAUUUUUAUUUUCAACUGUUAAAUAAACACUGAAACACUAAAAAAAAAAUUUUUUUUCAUUUUUAUUUGAUGGGAUGUAUGUAACUCAUGGUACUCUACUGUAAAUUUAAAGAUUAAGUCUUAACUUUGUAAAUGUUUGUGCAGAAAGCUGUAUAUAGAAGCUACUUUAUAAGGAUCCUUAUAAAGGAUCCUUAACAUUAUUUUGAUGAUCUCAGUGGAACUGUGGGCUCUAUUCAUAUUCAUAACAUAAAGCCAUUCUAUACAUACAAUCCCUUGAGUCUCUAAAAAUUUCUUUUUAAAUGUUUAAAUUGGAUGUUCUACUGUUCAGUAAAUGCUGUCUUGCUCAUUUUGCUUUUCUAUUGUUCCCUCUCCAUCUCUCUCCCUCAUUUAUUUUCUUUUGCUAAUUUUGAUUAAGAAAGCCAGUUUGGUGUAGUGAUUAAGGCAUCAGCAUAUAAAACCAGGAGACUGUGAGUUCUAAUCUUACCUUAUGUACAAAUCCAGCUUGGUGCCUUAGGCCAUUUAUUCCUUCUGAGUCUUAGGAAGCAAGUAAUGGUAAACCAUUUCCAAAAUCUGGCCAAGAAAAUUGCAUUGACUUGUCCAGGCAAUUGCUAGUAAUCAAGACUGACUUGAAAGCACAAAAAAAUGUUCAACAUAAUAUCCUACUUGAAGAAAACCCCACAAAAAGUGCUAGAUAGAUGUUCUUCUGUUUGGUGGAGUGUUUUGUAUUGCACUAUUAUCAUUAUCAAACACAAUUAAACAUUUCAUAAAAUAGACUAACUCAUUUUAAUGAUUAUUUUUUUUCUCUUACUGAAAAAAAUUUGCUUGGUUCCUAAUUCAAUCCAUAUAGAGGUUUCCCGAAUUACUUUUGCAAUGAUAAGCCUGCUUCCUGCAAUUUAAAACGGCAAUUUAAGGGAAAAAAUUGGAAUCUUUCCUGUGCUGAAAUAUGCCACUGAUAAGUGUAAGAAGGAUUUUAAAAGCAUCUGCAUUUAUUGUUAGCUGUAAAUACAAGCACUUAAGCUACUUAAUCCUCAUUUAGCUCUGAGCAAUAGCUUGAAGAGAAGGAGGCAUUGUUAGCACUGGCCUCAGCUAAAAAUUCUAGAAUAACUUUCAGAGAAAUCCCAAUAAAAGCAGAUGCCCUGCAGCUUUACCUUUCCAUGAAAUUCUGCAUACAGUUUAGCACAAGAACAGGGGAAACUACUGUGCAGAAAAUGAUGUCCCAUGAAGAAACCUUUCAGGAUAAUAAGACCUAAGAAAGAGUGUGGUUGCCUCAUGGAAACCUUUUUGCUGAAAGCAUUGCUUUUACUUGCUGGAAUUGCAGACUAUAGGCAAGAUUCACACAAAUAUGCCAGUGUGACUUUGCUGAGUUCUGGAAGGAUCAGGCAUGUUCCCUUAAAAUGAUCCUGUGACGCGACUGCUUGAAUUCCUACAGAUUUAUUCUGUACUAAGUGCCUUUACAAUAGACUUAUUAUUUUCAUAAUGCUUAUGUAUUCUCAUCCUAUUACUGAUGAUACAUAACCUGUAAUAAUUAUAUCCUGAUUACCUUUUGUAUGUUUUUUUCCAUUAAGAAAAGCAAUAACCAUCUUUUGUUCCCAUUGCAAAUGCUUUUGCUGCAGAAAUUGCUUGAUAAUAAA